UCAGCUGCUUCUUUCCCUUCUCUCCAUCCCUGCCCCUCCCUUCCUGGCUCUGUUCCCUGCCCCCACCUCUGCGCGCUCCCCGCCCUUUUGCCUGUUUUUCUCUCCUGGUCUGCGCUCUAGCUGGCUGAUUCUCUCGCUUGCUCCGGUGCAUCUUUGCAGCUGCGUCCUCUCGGAUCCUUGUUACGCCGGCCCGCGCCCGUGGGUGCGCGGUCCCUGCGUCCGUGCAUCGCUCGCACCCCAUCCGCCAGCCUCCCGGAGCCCGCCUCCCCCCGCCGGUACCGCAUUGCCGUACUGCAGGGGCGCAGUGCAUUGCGCCGGCACCGUCAAUAGGUGGACCCCCUCCUGGAGAGAUAAAACCGCCGUCGCUGCCGUCGCCAGUCCCUCUGACUGAGACUUCGGCUCUGGAGUUCCUCCCCAGCAUACCCUCAACCCCGAGCCAGAGCCCCCAAAGUGCCAGCCCCUCCCUUAACCAGCCAGAAUGGGCAAGGAGAAGACACACAUCAACAUUGUGGUCAUUGGCCAUGUGGACUCAGGCAAGUCCACCACGACAGGCCAUCUCAUCUACAAAUGCGGGGGCAUCGACAAGCGGACCAUCGAGAAGUUUGAGAAGGAGGCGGCAGAGAUGGGAAAGGGCUCCUUUAAAUAUGCCUGGGUGCUGGACAAGCUGAAGGCAGAGCGGGAGCGCGGCAUCACCAUUGACAUCUCCCUCUGGAAGUUUGAGACCACCAAGUACUACAUUACCAUCAUUGAUGCCCCAGGCCACCGGGACUUCAUCAAGAACAUGAUCACCGGCACAUCCCAGGCGGACUGUGCGGUGCUGAUCGUGGCAGCAGGUGUGGGCGAGUUUGAGGCAGGCAUCUCCAAGAACGGGCAAACCCGGGAACAUGCACUCCUGGCCUACACUCUGGGCGUGAAGCAGCUCAUUGUGGGUGUCAACAAGAUGGACUCCACAGAACCAGCCUACAGUGAGAAGCGCUAUGACGAGAUUGUCAAGGAGGUCAGCGCCUACAUCAAGAAGAUUGGCUACAACCCAGCCACAGUGCCCUUCGUGCCCAUCUCAGGCUGGCAUGGCGACAACAUGCUGGAGCCUUCACCCAAUAUGCCAUGGUUCAAGGGCUGGAAAGUAGAGCGCAAGGAAGGAAAUGCAAGUGGUGUGUCCCUGCUAGAAGCCCUGGACACAAUCCCCCCAACCCGCCCCACUGACAAGCCCCUUCGCCUUCCGCUGCAGGAUGUGUACAAGAUUGGUGGCAUUGGGACUGUGCCUGUGGGCCGAGUGGAGACUGGUAUCCUUCGGCCUGGUAUGGUGGUGACCUUUGCGCCAGUAAAUAUCACCACAGAGGUGAAGUCUGUGGAGAUGCACCAUGAGGCACUCAGCGAGGCCCUCCCUGGUGAUAAUGUCGGCUUCAAUGUGAAAAACGUGUCCGUCAAGGAUAUUCGCCGGGGCAAUGUCUGUGGGGACAGCAAAUCUGAUCCACCUCAGGAGGCUGCCCAGUUCACCUCCCAGGUCAUCAUCCUGAACCACCCUGGGCAAAUCAGCGCUGGCUACUCCCCAGUCAUCGACUGUCACACAGCCCACAUUGCCUGCAAGUUUGCUGAGCUGAAGGAGAAGAUUGACCGGCGUUCUGGCAAGAAGCUGGAGGACAAUCCCAAGUCCCUGAAGUCUGGUGAUGCUGCCAUUGUUGAGAUGGUCCCCGGAAAACCCAUGUGUGUGGAGAGCUUCUCACAGUACCCACCCCUCGGCCGCUUCGCCGUGCGCGACAUGCGGCAGACUGUGGCCGUGGGUGUCAUCAAGAACGUGGAGAAGAAGAGCGGCGGCGCCGGCAAGGUCACCAAGUCCGCACAGAAGGCGCAGAAAGCGGGCAAGUGAAGCGCGGGCGCCCGCGGCGUGGCCCUCCCCGACGGCGCCGCGCCGCGCCCCCAGCCCCGCCCCCGGCACUGGCCCCGUCCCCUCACCCGCCCCAGGCGCGGCCCCUCCCCCCCGGCUCCCCGCCAGGCGCAUGUCUGCACCUCCGCUUGUAAGAGGCUUUACGUCAGCGACUGGAUGCUCGCCAUCAAGGUCCAGUGGAAAUUCUUCAAGAGGAAAAGCGCCCCCGCCCCAGGCUUCCGCACCAGCGCUCACCACGCACGCUCAGUGCCGGUUUUCCCAAUAAACUGAGCGACCCCA